UUUAGCUAUAUUGGCAAGCAAACACUGAAAUGAUUUGGUUCCGGACCAUCUUAGCUUAUCAUGUGUUACUUGUAAUACAGGAUACAGUAGGAGCUUCAAAUGAGGUCCAUGUGAUACGUCCUCGAGUAGGGUGGUGGAGUUCGUGGUUGCAGCUCGUGGUUAGGAUACCAGUCGGGCCCCAGAGGAGUAUUGGUCAAACUUGGUAGUAAAAAAAAUAAACAAGAUCAAUGAUAGAUGAUUUUGUGACGAGACAUUGACAGUGUAAACAACGUCUACGUGGCCUUGGUCACCGCGGCCGUAGCAGCUUGAUAAAAGUAAGAAACAACGACACCAGAUAGUGAAACCAACAAGAUAACCACACUUCUGUGAAAAUGAUUGCUGUCAAUGCUAGAGAUCUGCUGGAGGCUUUUCAAAUUCUACUUCAUGGUUGUUGC